AUGGCCUAUUACACCCAAAUCAGAAGUUCCAACAAUAGAACAACUGAGCUAAAAGACUCAUUACACAAUCUUGCAAAGCUAGCGCAGGAGGAAUCCUUUCCAACAGAGAGGCGAAUACUUCUGCAAAGUGAUUCCAUUAUACAUGGAAAAUUAGCAGCACUCAAUACGUUUAUUGACCAAGACAAUCUCAUACGUGUAGGCGGGAGAUUAAAAAACUCAGAGUUUCACUCAGAUAAAAAACAUCCCAUUGUUUUGUCAGCAGAUCAUCAAUUUACAAAACUUCUAUUCAAAGGCGAACAUUUGACUUUAUUGCAUGCAGGACCACAAUCACUCUUAAGUUUAAUUCGUCAACAGUUCUGGCCGAUCGGGGGCAGAAAUUUAGCUCGAAAAACAGUGCACGAUUGCAUCAGAUGUUUUCGGAGCAAUCCCAGGCAGUCAACAAUUCCAAUGGGAGAGUUACCGAAAGCACGCGUAUCUCAAACCAUGCCCUUUCAUAACACGGGUGUGGACUAUGCAGGUCCUUUCAUAGUAAAAGAUAGAAAGGGAAGAGGCAGUAAAACAAGUAAGGCUUUCGUGUGUUUAUUUAUUUGUUUCGCCACGAAGGCACUUCAUCUCGAAUUAGUAUCUGAUUUAACCUCAGAAGCAUUCAUCGCAGCACUUAGACGUUUUUCAGCUCGACGUGGUAAACCUGCACACAUGUACUCCGAUAACGGAACGAACUUUGUCGGAGCAAAUAGAGAAUUAAAAGAGUUAGAGCAAUUAUUAAGAGAUAACGCGGAAUCUAUCGAAAACACAAUGAAUGAAAUUGGCAUUAGUUGGCAUUUUAUACCCGCGCACUCACCACAUUUUGGUGGUCUCUGGGAGGCCGGGGUGAAGUCUACAAAACAUCAUUUAAAACGAGUGGCAGGCAACGCGAUUUUAACAUACGAAGAGCUUUAUACAUUAUUAGUUCAAGUCGAAGCUAUAUUAAACUCUCGCCCUUUAACUCCAAUGUCAUCCGAUCCUAACGAUCUUCUUCCCAUCACUCCUGCUCACUUUCUGGUUGGUCGUCCGCUCACAUUACCAGCAGAUCCCACACUAACAGAAUUGCCAGAAUCCAGGUUGUCAAGGUGGCAAUUGAUUCAAAGUCUACAGCAGCAUUUUUGGACACGGUGGAGCAAAGAGUACAUCUCAGAGCUACAACAGCGUGUAAACAAAACGAAGUCAACCAAACCCAUCGCUGAGGGCGCUAUGGUGCUCAUCAAGGAGGACAACCUUCCUUCACUCAAAUGGAGGCUUGGACGUAUCAAAACAAUCCAUCCAGGAAAGGACAACAUAGCCAGGGUGGCUACCAUACAGAUUUCAACAGGAACAACGCGUAUCGCGAUCGCGAAACUUUGUCCGUUACCGAUGGAGUAA